UGUCAAUGCAUUGGUCAUACAUACGAAGCCUUGUCCUACUUUAAGCCAGCUGCAACACGACCUUAUCUCCUGAUUUUUUACCUUAUCAAUUACGUUCCAUAUACAUUAUUUAAAUAUAUAUGAAACGCAGUUUCGCUUUCCCCACCUUUCCUUGUUACAAUUCUGAUCAAUUCAUUAUCGUUACUCGAAUCAAAGUUAACACUAGAAGUAGAAGAAAGUAAAAUCUUGAAGUAUAAGUAUAAGUAAGAGAGGACUUUGAGUUUGAGAUUUCUUCAAUCGUUGUCAGAUCUACCCGAGUCGUGAAAUCUUGUCACUAUGCCACGAAUUAUUGAGUGUGUUCCAAACUUCUCAGAGGGUAGAAACAAGGAGGUUUGAGUUAUAUUAUAUGAUAUUGAUAUGCAAAUAUGCUUACUUCUUAAGUUGUAGUGUACUGUUGACCCUGUUACUGUUGUGUGAAAUGCAGUGUAAUAAAAUAACAAAAAUUAAUCUUGAUACAGCCACUAAUUAUUUAAUUAAUGUAGACAGGGACAGGGGUAUCAAUGGGGUAACCAAGUGCGGUAAACUCACGAUAUCACCCCUCGGCCCCUGAAAACUUUCUCAAUGGACCUCCUCCCAGUCUUCCUGUGCCAGACCAUGGACAAUCCCUUUCUUUAUUAUAAAUAAUAUAGUAAUAUCUGUAAAUUCUGAAAAAUAUUUGGUCCGGUGAUAGACAAUGAUAGAUGGAGAAUCUGUACAAACCAAGAGAUACAUAAAUUGUUUGAAAACUCACCUAUGGCCAUGGUCACAACAAUUUAAAAGGUUCAUUCUGCGCUGGACAGAAAACAGGGAGCGGAUGUCGAAUUGUGAUCUACCGGCAGAAACCUAGGGGCAGACGGCUCACUGGUUGACCAAGACUAGAUGGAUUGACGAUGUAAAGAAGGACUUACAUCUGUUGGGGGUCUGGGCAUUGAGGCGGAAAGCCAUGGAUCGAUGCAAAUGGAAGGAUGUGGUGUAGGCCAGGCCCCUACAUGGGCCACUGAUGAUGAUGAUGAUAAUUUCUCUUUACAUUAUUAAAGUUGAAUAAGACAUAAGUCAAACAAAACAGUUUAAGAUAGCAGUGUGUGACUAAGUAAGUGCUGCAAAGAAGUCAUGUUACUUUUUAUCUUGACAGAAAAAGUUAGUUAACAUCCCUCACCUUAAAAAUUUCAAUUUAAUAAGUCGCAAGGUCAGGAAGCAUUGACUGACCAAAGCUGAUCUCAGUAAGUUCUGUGUUAGCUUCAGUUAUGACAAGCUCAUCUCACAUGAAGCCACAGAAAAAAUAAUUGUAUGCUUUGUGCGAAGAUUAGGAGAGAUUGAAGAGUCACAUUCAGCUUUUAAUUUCAAGGUGUCAAAAAUUGGCUAGAGUUGGUCUUCUUGGAGAACAAUAUCUUCUACUUUCAGCCGCCUUGGUAUUUCCAUUAAAAGCUCGCCUUCUGCUAAUUCAUAAUGGUCACUUUUUAAAUUGGCAGUGGUAACUUUUCAUCAGUGGUCAAUGGUUACCUAUUGCCUUGAUCACCCUCAAACAUAUCUGCUUCUUCCUUGAUGUCUCUUGCUCUGAUCUGGAGUUCUAAAUGAUACGAUCCAAUUGUUUUCUUACAGAGUGAGUCCAGUGUCUCUGAAUGCUCCUAUGAGCACCCUUCUCUUCUUGAAAUUUUAAAUUCCCUGCCACUACCAAUAUCUAAUUUGGCUUGAUUUCACAGAUGCUUGUUUGUUUGCAUGGUAAAUAUUUGUCUGCACAUCUAUUACUGAUAAAGUCUUUGCAAUUCUACCAUAGUCACUAAUUUUUCAAGAGUUAAGCCCUUAUUCUGCAGUUAUUACCUAUCUAAGAUUAACUUCCUGAACCAUAGGUCCAAAAGUAAAGGUAGCAGAGAAACUUGAGAUCACAGACUCUGUGCUGUAUCUCUUGUAUCUAAAUUUUCCAGUUAACUGUGCUAAAUGAGAUUCUUAAAAAUACCACUAGUGUAUUUGGAGCGUAGCAUUUUCUUUUGUUUUAGGGAAAAAGUCUCAAUUUAAAUAAGGUGCAAUAAAUGUGCAUGAUGUAAAAGGAGUGGGACAUUAAAAUAUUAAUUAAGUUCCGGUACUUGAAAAAAUUGUGCGAUGACAUACGGGGGGAGAGUUAAGUGACUUGAAUGCAUGUUUGUUCAUUAUAUGUCUAAUAAAACUGAUCCUAUGAAAUAAUUAAUAUCUUUGGCCACUGAACUGCUUUGCAGCUUUUAGUUAUCCUGUACUUGCAUUGUUAUUGUUUGUAACUGUAAAAUUGUAGAUAUCAGCUUUUAGUUAUCCUGUACUUGCAUUGUUAUUAACUGUAAAAUUGUAGAUAUCAGCUUUUAGUUAUCCUGUACUUGCAUUAUUAUUGUUUGUAACUAAAAUUGUAGAUAUCAGCUUUUAGUUAUCCUGUACUUGCAUUAUUAUUGUUUGUAACUGUAAAAUUGUAGACUGUUUCAGCUUUUAGUUAUCUUGUACUUGCAUUGUUAUUGUUUGUAACUGUAAAAUUGUAGACUGUUUCAGCUUUUAGUUAUCUUUUACUUGCAUUGUUAUUGUUUGUAACUAAAAUUGUAGACUGUUUCAGCUUUUAGUUAUCCUGUACCUGCAUUGUUAUUGUUUAUAACUGUAAAAUUGUAAACUGUAUUUGGUUAAUUGAGGCGAUAGCUCAAUUUUGACAACACUUCAUACUGUCAGCUUGCUAUCACAUGGCUAUAAAAUAAUUUUUAAUAUCAACAUGUUCAUUGUUACAUAUUGAAAAUUUUAAUUUAGAUAUUAUUUGAUUAAUAUUAUACACGUCUACUUUAUACAAAAUAUGAUAAUCAAAAUUAAUAUUACUAACUGAACUGAUAACAGGUCAUUGAAGCAAUUGCAUCUGCUAUUGCCCAAACAGCCGGAUGCAGCCUACUUGAUGUUGACCCAGGCCAAUCCACCAACAGGACAGUUUACACCUUUGUUGGAAGCCCUGAUGCUGUCAUUGAAGGUGCCAUGAAUGCUGCUAGAGCCGCUCAUCAACUCAUUGAUAUGAGAUCUCAUCAAGGUAAUCUGAUAAGCUAAUGAUUAUGGGCCACUUAAUAUCCUUCUUCUCGACAAUUGUCUGAUUUUUCAGAUGUUUGUUCCAUUUAGAUUUGCAGCUUUUAAAAAAAAAAUUGGAUUCUCUUGAAAAUAUCAUUAUUCUUAAUAAAUCCCAACCUUAUGAGAUUUCAAAUAAUGAGAUAUUUACCUGACAGUUUGUUAAAAAAUGUCACCCUCAUUUCAUUGUUCAAUUUUUAACAUGAAAAUUCAAAAUAUUUUAUUUAGGGGAGCAUCCCAGAAUGGGUGCCUUGGAUGUUUGUCCAUUUGUGCCUGUUCAAGAUGUCACCAUGGAAGAUUGCAUCAAAUGUGCUAAAGAAUUUGGAAAUAGGCUUGCAACUGAGCUUGGUGUUCCAGGUAACAAAUUGUCUGACAUUAGGAGAACAUUCUUAUUUCAAAAUGCUUUUAAUAUGGUAUGAAUAAAUAAAUGGAAAUAUUUUUAUCCAUAUCCCUCCUUUAUGUAUAUUUGUUUAUGAAUAUUUAUUUCAAAAGUUCUCUUGUAUUAUCUGCAGUGUAUCUCUAUGGUGCUGCUUCGGAUGUUGAGUACAGGAAGACACUGCCACAGAUAAGGGCAGGAGAAUAUGAAGCAUUAUCUGAAAAGGUUGGUUUUAGUUGUUGUACAUCAAUCAUCUCAAAUAGAUGUUGAUGCGGUUGAUUUUAAUUGUUGCACAUCACACAUCUCAAAUAGAUGUUAUCGCAAGGUUGUUUUUAAUUGUUGUUAGUCAAUGAUCUCAAAUAGAUGUAAUGACAAAGUUGGUUUUAACUGUUGUGCCUCAGUCAUCUCAAGUAGAUGUUACCCACUUUAAAAACAAAAGAGGAAUCUUUUGUUUUAAAGAUGUAUAAGUAAAUGUGCACUAUACAUAGUCUGAAUGUUAAACUAUAGAUUUAGUUCUUGCGAGUGUGAAUGUUAAACUAUAGAUUUUGUUCUUGGGAGUGUGAAUGUUAAACUAUAGAUUUUGUUCUUGCGAGUGUGAAUGUUAAAUUAUAGAUUUUGUUCUUGUGAGUGUGAAUGUUAAACUAUAGAUUUUAAUCUUGCAGUGUCAAAAAUAAAACCCUUAAUGAAUGGCCUUACGAUGAUUUUCAACAGUGAUAUAGUUGAUUUUUUAAAUAUUUUUAAAUAUUGCUUUAGUUGAAAGAUCCACUGUGGAAACCUGAUUUUGGACUGCAAGAGUUUGUUCCUGAGUGGGGUGCAACUGCUGUAGGAGCAAGAAAAUUUCUUAUUGCUUACAAUAUCAAUCUACUUGCCACUAAGGAGCAAGCGCACAGGAUUGCCUUAAACAUAAGAGAAAAUGGUAGAGGGGAAAAUCAGGUAGGACAGUGGUUGCCUUCUAGCUUCAUGCAUUGCGUUGUCAAUAAAUCUCUGUUUGAACCAGAUUCCUGCCAUGAUCGUUUGAAAUAACCUUUAAAAAAAAUUUAAUUUCAGAAAAUAUGCAAUGCAGUGAAAUAAUAAUGUUAUCAUUUUAAUAAAAAAAGGUGUCAUCAAGGUCCCAAAAAUGUGUACGGCUUAUUGUAAAAAUAAAUAUUAUGUUCAUUCAAACAUAAAGGAUAUUGUCUAUAUAAAUGAUAAAUUUGUAUUACUAAAAUUUUAGCCUGGUAGGUUGAAAUGCGUCCAAGCCAUUGGCUGGUACUUAGAGGAGGCCAAUAUGGCGCAAGUAUCAGUGAACAUUACAGACUUUGAAGUAACAAGCAUACAUCAGGUGUAUGAAGAGUGUUUUAAGGAUGCCCAGGUAACUGAUUUUAAAAUUGUCUUUUAGUUUUAAUUUGCAUGACUAGGAUUUUAACUAUAAAAGUACCACAUAAUAGAAUGCUAGCUAUAACAAUUCAUUUGCUGCUGAAAUUUUGUGCAGAUUAUUUGAUAGCAUCUUUCGUAGCGACAAAUUUAAUAAAAAGUUAUAUUGCUGACAAAACAUUAAUCUGCCUCAAUUAUGGAUUUCAUUUCUCCUUUUCAGCUGUAUUUUCAAAGAUAUCACAGGUUAAAAUAAAAUUUUGUUCCCAUUCAUUAUUUGUUUAUAAUCCAAUUUUUUUAAAAAUUAAGUUAUAUUUUGGUUAUUAAUUUAAAUUUAUGGGUUAAUGAAAUAUAUUUUUAUUUAUAAAAUUAAUGACCUUUAAUGUGUAGCCUAUAUGCUUAUUUCUUAUUUUUAAUUUGUUUUCAUAUUUUUCUCUUGGUACAAAAAAAAAAUAAGGAAUGUUAUAAUUUUUUGUUAAAUUCCCUAUGAUUUGACUCAAACAAGAAGUGAAAUUAAUACGUAAUAAUCUAAUUAUAGUUUCAUUAUAUAAAGUUUCAAGAUUUUAGAUUUACAACUUUCAAUUAUUUUAUUAAAAUUUUUUUAAAGAAGUGUUGUUGUUUUUUUUAAUGGAAAAUAUCACAAAGCCUGUUAACCAAUAGUUGACCUGAGACAGUUCUUGUUCAGUUUUAGCUACAAGAACUUUCUUUCACAACCCCAAAUAAUGCACACAAUUUUUUAAGAAAGUUGCAUGGACAUAGAGAAGUUGGACAGUGAUUUAGAAAAGUCUCAUUUUACGAUGAACCUGAACAUUGACUAAUUUUUCCUUUUUAUCUGUGUCUUCUAUGGUGAUAGACUGCAUCUGAAAGAAAAUAUUACUAUGUAGGAAGGUUUUCAUUAAGGAUUUGCUGAUAAGCAUUGUGUUUGUAAUGUAUCUUUAAAUGUAUUCAAACUAAUCAUCUACUGAUUUUGCUUUCAAUUUAAGGAAUUAAAUAUUGCCAUUGUUGGAUCUCAAAUUGUUGGCCUUGUGCCUCAAAAGGCUUUGAUGGAUUCAGCUGAGUAUUAUAUGGAAAAAGAGCAUUUGUUUAUUUUAGAAGAGGAUCAGAAGUUGAGAUUGGUAAGCUUUCUAUUAGUUUAAGGUACAUAUAUUAAUGGGAUUUUUUUAUCACAAGAAUUCAUCCCAAUAACAUGUAAAUGUGCCUUAGAUAAUAAAACAGAAUUUUUUAUUUGAAAAAUCUUGAUGAUCCACAGGUCAUUAACAGACUUGGUCUGAAUUCAUUGGGCGGAUUUAAUCCAAAAGAGAGGAUUAUUGAGUAAGUUUAAUAUUAGAUACCUGAAUAUAUUUAACUAGCCUGACAAAAUACAGAAUUUUUUUUUUUCUAAGAUUAUUUGGUAAAAUAUAAAUGACGUAUCAUGCAGGUUUAUGACCCAGUCAGAGAGAGAUGGACCACUGGCCAGCAUGGAUGUUAAAGAUUUUAUCCUUACUGUGGGCUCAAGGUCUCCCACACCUGGUGGGGGCUCAGUGGCAGCUCUGUCAUCAUCUUUGGUAGGCCAGUGAUUAAACUUCUAUCUUUUGUUUAUCUGGUAACAAUGCUAAAGAAUUUCAGACACUGAUAGUUUAUUUAUCGACAUAGUAAUUUCAGCAUUGAUUAAUUUUAUGAAAAUCUAAUCUAGCAACAUAAUAAAACAACAUUUGUAUGCAUUUAAUUUAUGUUGUCAAUGUAGGGAGCUGCGCUUGGUUCCAUGGUUGGAUUCUUGACAUACGGCAAUAAAAAGUUUGCCCACCUUGAUGAGAAGAUGAGAAAAUUAAUCCCACCUUUAUAUAAGGGGAUGAAAGACCUCGUCCCUUUCAUUGACGCAGAUGCUGCCGCUUUUAGUGAGUACAUGGUAAGUUUGGACGGGAACAGAUUUAUUUCAAGUUCUUUUAAGAAAAUUGGUCAUUCGUUAUUUUUAGAGAAUUUCAUCAAAUAGAACAAAGAAUGAUAUUUAAUACAAAAAAAUACUGACAUUAUGAUAAAAUUUGUUGUUAAUAAUUUGAUCUUUCAGCUUGCUAUGAAACUGCCAAAGAAAACUGAUGCAGAAAAAAAGGAGUAAGUAUCAUAAUAUUGAAAUGAUAAUGCUUUGAAGAUUUAAUCUGUGUUAAUAUUUGACUCAUAUAAUAAACAGUACGUAAAAAGGGACUGAGAAAAACAGUAUGCAAAGAAAACAAUUUCAAAGCUAGUGAUAUCCACAGUAUUUAAUUUCAUUAUACAAUUACAUUUCUAUAAAAAUGCAAAUUCGAGGACAAAGGCAAAAAACUACAUCAACUUACAGCAAGGGAAAAAGGUACACCCCUCCAAAUACAAAUAUUAAUUUACACAUACAAUUAUAUAGCAUCUCAGAUAGCAGAAUCUCUCUCUCUCUCUCUCUCUCUCUCUCACUAUCUGCUAAGAAAGCAGGCAGCCUAUCUAUACAGGAAUAAAAUCAGAACGCUCUAGUACAGAAAUUAUAGAAAUUGCAUCACCUAAUAGCAUUCUUUAGAAUAAAUAGAACACAUUUGAAGAUAAACAACCUUGUCUUAGCCAAGAAAGGGGCGGGCAAGGAAGAAAUGACACAGUACAUUUUUGCGAUGUCGUCGUCAAUAUCAAGGUCAUACUAAGGGAAGAGAAUUUGGUGGUGACUAAAAAUAGCUCUACACAUAUGCUAUACUAGGCGAUACUAGAACAAGCGUAAUCAGCAUUUGAAAAACAACUAAAACUUGUUGUCCCUAGAUGCAACAAGGAUUCCUCAUCUAAACAAACCAUAAUUCCUCAUCUAAACAAACCAUCAUUCCUCCUCUAAACAAACCAUCAUUCCUCAUCUAAACAGUGAUUCGUAUUUCAUUAGGUCCAGAUAAAGACAACUUGUCUAGUUUUUAUUGAUGUGUACUUAUUUAGGUCCAGCUAGUAGUUUAGAGCUACUUUAUUAAAUGAAAUAAGAUGAUUUUGUCAUGUCAUCAAUAGGAGAGAUGAGGCCAUGAAAUAAGAUGAUUUUGUCAUGUCAUCAAUAGGAGAGAUGAGGCCAUGAAAUAAGAUGAUUUUGUCAUGUCAUCAAUAGGAGAGAUGAGGCCAUGAAAUAAGAUGAUUUUGUCAUGUCAUCAAUAGGAGAGAUGAGGCCAUGAAAUAAGAUGAUUUUGUCAUGUCAUCAAUAGGAGAGAUGAGGCCAUGAAAUAAGAUGAUUUUGUCAUGUCAUCAAUAGGAGAGAUGAGGCCAUGAAAUAAGAUAAUUUUGUCAUGUCAUCAAUAGGAGAGAUGAGGCCAUGAAGCAAGGGAUGUUAACUGCCGUUCAAGUGCCCAUGUGUGUUGCCCAAAUAGCUAACGAUAUGUGGCCUUAUCUUAAUGAACUGGCUAAGAUUGGAAACCUCAAUUGUAAAUCUGAUCUUCAGGUAAAUUAUACAAACAAGUAUUAAAUGGAAUAUGAAUUCCUUUCUGCUGAACGCAUAACCAGGCUACAGAAAUUUUAGAGUAUUUGCAAAUUCUAUUUAAUCUUAUUUUUUCACUUAAUUCUAUCUUUUUAUUCAGUGUAAUUACUGACAUAUUCUUAUAUUUACACAAGAUCUACUUCUCCCCAAAUUAUAAAUAAUGGAUAACUAUAAUUUUAAAUUUAAGAUAAGAUUCUUUAAUAGAUCCAAAUAAAUGGAAAUAUGUUUUCAUAACAUUGUUAAAAUUCAUUUUCAGAUAUAAAUAUUAUUUUUAUCAAAAAUAAAUAAAUGAAUUCGUUUUUGUAUAUAAUUAGUGUUUUUAAAUCAAACCAUUUAUUCUGUUGCUUACAUUGCUUUUACAGACAGGAGCAAGAAUUUUGGAGACUGGAGUUUGGGGUGCCUACUACAAUGUGAUGGCAAACCUUGGGCAGAUCAAUGAUCCUCAGUUUGUUUCUAAGGUACCCUCUUACCUAAUAGUAGUUCAUUUUUCUAAAUAAAUGAUUGGAUUUUGCAGAGUUUGCUGUGGAAAAAUCACAAGUUUGUUAAUCAAUUAUGGAACUUUUGAUUCCCCAUUCACCCAUAUAGAAAUCUUGUAUUGAAAAAAAAACUUUGUGGAUUUUAAAAAUGAAUUCUAUAACAAUAAAUAAAUUUUUAAAAUAUUAAAAAGUAUGAAUAAAUUUAUCAAUGAAUAAAAUUCAUUCUAAUGGAAUUAGAACCAUUAACAUCUAGGACAGAAAUUUCCCAUCUACCAGUAGUGUUUUUUUUUAAUGAGAAAAUAUGAUGCACUUUAAUUUUUUAACAUUUCUAAGUUUACUAGUGAUACAUUUUUCUUCUACUUCUUGACACUUUUAGAGCAAUUCUCAUCAUGUCUGGCUUUUAAUUCUCUCCUUCUCAAUGAUGCAAUUUACUUUGCGUGCUGGCAUAAUAUGAUAAUCAUACUUCGACUUCAUUAAUGCUCACGACUGCUUUUCAGUAGGAUAAACAUGGUUUUUCGCACUCUCCGAUGAUUUCAAAGCUAUUUGCUGUGAUUCUCUUUUUCAAACUCUUUCCUAUUGAUUUGUUUAAUUUAUGAGUUGCUGAAUAGGAAAAUUGUCUUCUCCAGGUGAGAGGGGAUAUUGAGCUGGCUGUGGCAAAAGCACAGAAGGAGAAAGAAGAGGUGCUGAAAAUCUUAGAGGAAAGGAAGGAAUAAAAUUUAUAGUAAACUUUUAACUCUGCUGCCAUCUUAGGCUUGCAAUGUUUUACACUGAAGCUAUCUUUUCUUCAGUUUAUUUUAAAUGCAGUCCUUUUUUGGGUAGCUUUCUUUGACUUGGACUUUUGUUUGUGUUCAAUUUGACCAUUCCAUUCUUAGUUCAUUAACAGCAAAUAAUUCAUACUUACUUUUCUAGAUGUGAAUACAGAUAAAUGAGAGCUGCGAUUUAAUGUUUUGUAUAGAGCACUUUUACAUGAUCUAUGCACUUGUUGAUCAGCGGCAGAAUAAUGUAAGCUUGUAAUGUGUUUAUUGUAGAUGUCCAAAGACUUUUUUUUUUUUACUUUUCAGUAUUAUGUGUUUCUAUGUACUGGUAUUAUUAAAGUAUUUUUGUUCAACAUCUGAAAUUACAUUUAACAUCACCUUAUUUACUUUACUAGAGGUCAACCCAAAUUAGGACAUACACUGGCAAUAUAGGUGGACUUAACAUGUUAUUUCUUACCACCAGUGCUUGGAAUGUCAUUGUCUCUCCAGUAAAAAUAUGACCCAAAAAAUACUUUCAUUAAAAAAAAUAAAAACACUGUUCCUUAUGUAGGCCAAAGACCAGGGUAUAUAUAUCAUUAUUCAUAAGUUGAGCUUUGGUUUGAAAUAUUUUACUAGCCACUACAUAGCACAGUCACAAUAUUAUCUUAUUUGAUGAACUAAUUCUUAGAAGAAUCAGAGAUAACCUUGUUAUGCAUAAUCAUCUUUUUGUCAUCCAAGAUGAGUUUCUGUUGUAUGCGUUACUUAUGAAAUUAUUAUGUCAGAUAAUUUAAAUACGGUACACCUAAUUAGAUUCUAGUAAACAACACCAGAACCACUGGUUCUAUUUGCAGAGGCUCUUUGUGACUUUCUGAGAUCACUGCCACUUUUUGGUCUUGAGCACGCUGCAUUCAAAGUUAAUAGUUUAAUUUUUUUCCACCUCACAGUGUUGUUGGCCCAUUCAUAAUUUGAGGGGGUGAAGGGCCUGCUCCACGGCGCUGGUUAUUUGGACCAACCCUCGGGCUGUCAUUAGUAGACUUGGGGGAAUAUAAAUAAACUAAGCAAGUUGUUCUACUCAAUGGUAUUGUACAUGCAUGACUAUGUUUUACUGACUGAUACUCUUGACAUAGUACACAAAAGACAAUGUGACAUAGUACACAAAAAAACCAUGGGACAUAGUACACAAAAGACCAUGUGACAUAGUACACAAAAAGACUAUGUUUCAUUGAUUGAUCAUAAUAACUGGUAUUAAUUAUAAUGUAACCAGUCAAAGAAUUCAAAAUUUGUUUUGCACCAACAGUAUUUCUUAAAUUGUCGGACACAUAAAAUAGUCCAUGCAAAGUAUUUUUUAAAUGCAAAUGACUGAAUGCCUGUCGUUAUUCCUACGAUUGCUCUUAUCAUAACAAUUAUUUUAGUUACUAUUUUUGUACAUCAAUCUAGUACAUUUCCUUAUUAGUGACUGUUCACUACUUUACACUGCCACUGUAUUUUGUGAAGACUAAUUUUGUAUUUCUGCUCAUUGAGUUUUAAGCUUAAUGUAGUAGCAAUUUGAGUUAUUAACAUUUUAAGAGCUAUUAAUAUUACAGUAAAUCAGACAGCGCUUCUGUUAAUCUCAUCAGAGCUCCAGGAUCUGUUACUGGCGUUAGUGGAACUCAUUUUUUAAUUUUAAUGUAACUUUUUUAAAAACAUGUUGACCACAUAUAGCAGUAUUUCCCAAACAUUUUUUCAUGGCCCAUUUCUUUUAUUCUUCUGCUUUAUGACCCACCAAAAUUAUUAUUGCGCAUGGCCUACAGGUGAUGUAAAACUGAUUUCAAUGUCCAAAGUUUAAAAAAAUGCAUUUCAUCUUGUAGUAUAUAAAGAACCCAGACCUGAUAAAUAGUUAAUGAAUGAUAAGUUGUUAAUGAUAAGUGUGAUACAAUUUUAUAUUUGGAGAAAAACGUGAUAAAAUUUUCUCGGAUGCCAAUUAGAAACCUUUGUCCCCAUUUCUCCCGUACAAAUCUGCUCCAUUUUAUGGGGCCUUUUGAUUUUACAUUCACCUUAGCUUGAUGGACAUUAUGCAGUCUUAAAACAACUUAACACCCUCCCCCCCUCCCCAUCGCCUUUACUAUCUUCCCCUGCAAACCUGGACAUUUCAUGUCAAUGGAACAAACCACCUACAUCCAAGUUGUCCCUCAACAGAAAGAUAUGAUGGGCUCAAUAGUCCAAACUUCAACAUUGGCCUCAAUAGUCCAAACUUUAACAUUUGCCUCAAUAAUCCAAACUUUAACAUUGGCCUCCAUAGUCCAAACUUUAACAUUGGCCUCAAUAGUCCAAACUUUAACAUUGGCCUCCAUAGUCCAAGCUUUAACAUUGCCCUCCAUAGUUCAAACUUUAACAUUGGCCUCCAUAGUCCAAACUAUAACAUUGGCCUC